AACAUCACUUCUCUGGGUGUUUUGUGUUUAUUCUCUAAAAUAAAGAAGCUGAAAUGCUCAGUGAGGACCUUCCGAGUUAAAACUUCAUAACCUCUCAGUUACGUGUUCAGUCCCAACAAAAGGUGCUUGGUCCAGGGAGUGGUGACUGUGCCCGGAGCCUGUGCCUGCCCCGGGGAGGGAAGGAAGUGCCCUCUCUGGCCUCCUCCUUCCCGAGGGUCUCUGGCUGGGCGUUGUGGUCUCAACGCAGCCCUCAGGGCCCUGCUUUUUGUGCUUCUUUUCCUCCACCUUUGUGCGUGCUGUGGGGCUGGUCCCCGGCUUCUAGGGCCUCUCCUUUCCAUUGCAUUUUUGUCGUGUCCUGGGCCACUUCUGACAGCUUCCCUGCCUUCUUGUGCCCCGGAUGCUUCUGUCUCCAACUGGCCACUCUCCUCCCCUCACACCCCUGACUCCCAGAGGGCACAUGCUCUCCUGGCCACACAAACACCCGGGCCCCUGGUGGUCCAAUCGACAUCUGCCCAGUUGCUGCUGUUGGGCUGCACUCCAGGGCAGGGCCCCACCACCCUACUCUACAGCCUGGGGGUUCCCUGCUCUACAGCUUGGGGGGGGGUCCCCACUCUGCAGCCUGGGGGUUCCCACUGCACAGCCUGGUGGGGUUCUGUGCAUGUGCAUUUCUCACCUGGUGUGGGUCCUCAUUGGUAGCCAUCCCAUCUUACAUCUGUCCCGCCCACUGACCACACCAGAGCUAUCCUGGCAGUCUGGCUGACUGCUCCCAGUUCACUGAACCCCAGAUAUUGGGUCUGCACAACCGGCCCCGAUCCUUGUGGGUGUGCCACCCGCACCCCAGAGCCCUGCCCUUGCAGCCACUCCUCAGCAGUCCUUACCCAUCUCUCUUCCGUCCAUAGCAUUUCACCCUUGGACCUCUGGUUGCUUUUCGCCUUGGCCCUUCUCCCCCAGGCUUGUGUCUGAUGACCUGGGAACCCUCCCUGCCCCAGUGGGAGCAGUGCCUGCUGGGCCAGCACAGGCCUUCCCUCCAGUCCCAGCACAGCAGGUGUCAGGCAUGAUUCCCAGGCUGUGUGUGAGCUGCCAUCAGCCUGCAGCCCACGACUGUAACUGGGUGACCACAGCCACCAGAAAGUGCAGCUUGCCCCAACACUGAACAGACUUCCCAGAGUGGGUCUGGGGUACAGCCAGGGGCUGCCGGCCAUAGGGAGGGUGUUCACUGCCUUGCCCAGGCGCCCUCCCAGCUUCAGAGCCCUGCUUCCUUCCCACUCUCGCUCCUGCUCUACCUCUUUCAGGCAGUAUCUGGCUUAUCCUGAGCAGCACUGGCACAUUGGAGGAACAGUCUUGAGAAGGCCCAAGAUCCAGGGCUUCCUUGGUUUCUGAUGUCACCUGACCAGUAGGCAAGGGGCUGUCCCAUGAGGGAAAACACUGCCCCAGGAUCCAGACUUGGGGCAAAUCUUAUUUCACCUUUUGUUUCAUUUCCUCCAUGAUUCAUGGAAUGAAGCCAGAGUUCUGGACUCUGCUUUAUGCUUGAGGACAGUGCACGGAGUGGCCUGUCCGACGAGUGUUCCUUUUGCCAAAACACAGAUGUGCUGCUCAGCAGGGGCGUGGUGGGCAUCUGCAGCGCCAUCCGCAGGAGAACUUAUUUAAGAAAUAGAUUACUUCUGACGACACGGGCACAGGGAGUUCCCAGGGACUGGAGACACUUGACAAACAAAUGCAGGGCCACCACUGUACGUUACAAAGGGCGGAACCUGCGGAUCAAAGCGCCCAUGUGCCGGGCCCUGAAGAAGCUGUGCGAUCCGGAUGGCUUGAGUGAUGAAGAGGACCAGAAGCCAGUGCGCCUGCCUCUGAAAGUCCCUAUAGAGCUGCAGCCACGGAACAACCACGCCUGGGCCCGCGUGCAGAGCCUUGCCCAGAACCCACGCCUCAGGAUGAUCGUGGAGCUACAUCGAAAGGUCUCCAGCCUCAUCGAAUUCUUGAAGCAGAAGUGGGCGCUCCACGAGGUACGAGUUCGGAAGACACUCGAGGAACGGCAGCUGCAGGACUCAUGCUCCGCACCAACGCAGGAGAAGGUGACACUGCACUUGUUCCCAGGCGAGAACUGUACACUGACGCCGCUGCCGGGCGUGGCUCGCGUGGUGCACUCCAAGGCCUUCUGCACAGUGCACUGGCAGGAGGGCGGCCGGUGCAAGCAGAGUGCCAAGGACGCCCACGUGCUGCCCCCAGCCCAGAUCCUGGGCAUCCAGAGUGGGCAGGGCACGGCCCGGGGCCAGGUGAAAUGCCCGCGGAGCGGAGCCGAGGGCAAGGGUGUGGGGCGGCCCCCUCCUGCGGCUGACGCCUCGCAGAGCUCCGGAGAGAGUUCCCCCGAAAGCGCCCCUGGGGAGGGGGCUGCCCUAAGCUUGAGCAGCCCAGACGCUCCUGAUGGGCCUCCUCCCAGGCACCAGGACACCGGGCCAUGUCUUGAGAAGACCCCUGCAGAAGGCAGGGACAGUCCCACCCGGGAGCCAGGGGCCUUGCCGUGUGCCUGUGGCCAGCUCCCAGACCUGGAGGACGAGCUCUCGCUCCUAGACCCCUUGCCCCGCUACCUGAAGUCCUGUCAGGACCUCAUUGUCCCCGAGCAGUGCCGCUGUGCGGACACACGGCCUGGGAGCGAGCAGCCCCCUCCGGGUGGGGCGGCCUCCCCAGAGGUGCUGGCUCCUGUCAGCAAGGAGUCUGCUGACCUUGCUCCCACUGGCCCAUCCCCAAGGCCCGGCCCCGGGCUCCUGCUGGAUGUUUGCACUAAAGACUUGGCAGAUGCACCUGCAGAGGAGCUCCAGGAGAAGGGGAGCCCCGUGGAGCCUCCGCCGCCUCAGGGACAGCCUGCUACCAGGCCCCCAAAGGAGGUCCCCGCCAGCCGGCUGGCUCAGCAGCUCCGUGAGGAGGGCUGGAACCUGCAGACCUCCGAAAGCCUCACGCUAGCCGAAGUCUACCUCAUGAUGGGCAAGCCCAGCAAGCUGCAGCUGGAGUACGACUGGCUGGGGCCCAGCCGCCAGGACCCCCGCCCCGGCUGCCCGCCCACCACCCUCCACAAGCAGCGCCUCCUCAGCUGCCUCCUGAAGCUCAUUUCUACCGAGGUCAACCCCAAGCUGGCUCUGGAAGCAAACACGGUCUCUACAGCCUCGGUGAGGCCCGCCCAGGAGGAGCAGUCGAUGACGCCCCCAGGGAAGGUAGUGACCGUCAGCUCUCGCAGCCCCCGCUGCCCUCGGAACCAGGCCUCCCUCCGCAGCAGCAAGACCUUCCCGCCCAGCUCUGCACCCUGCUCUUCAGGUUUGAGAAAUCCUCCAAGACCCCUCUUGGUGCCUGGUCCCUCCAGCACAGGAAGCAAUGACUCAGAUGGCGGCCUUUUUGCUGUCCCGACAACCUUGCCACCCAACAGCCGACAUGGGAAGCUCUUCUCUCCCAGUAAAGAAGCAGAGCUGACUUUCCGCCAGCAUCUGAACUCCAUCAGCAUGCAGUCGGAUUUCUUCCUGCCAAAGCCCCGGAAGCUGCGGAACCGGCACCUGCGGAAGCCACUGGUGGUCCAGAGAACACUGCUCCCUAGACCAUCGGAAAACCAGUCCCACAACGUUUGUUCCUUCUCCAUCCUGUCUAACUCUUCCGUAACUGGGAGAGGUUCGUUCCGGCCCAUCCAGUCUUCUCUGACCAAAGCAGCUCUGUCUCGGCCGAUCGUGCCCAAGGUCCUUCCACCCCAGGCCACGAGUCACCUGGCCAGUGCUAUCGACUUAGCAGCUACGAGUGCUGGCAUCCUCUCCGGGAACCCCCUCCCUGCCUUGGACACCGAAGGCUUGUCUGGCAUCUCUCCACUGUCUUCAGACGAGGUGACGGGUGCCAUCUCGGGGCAGGACUCCACUGGAACUCACCAGGAUGGAGAUGCCCUCCCCACCGUGGGGGGCACCGACCCAUUCGUCAGCAUCCCUUCGAGGCCUGAGCAGGAGCCAGUGGCAGACAGUUUCCAGCAGGGCUCAUCUGUUCUCUCCUUAUCUGAGCUGCCCAAGGCCCCUCUCCAGAAUGGCCUCUCCACACCGCCGUCCUCGUCAGAGAGCUCCAGCACCCGGCUGUCUCCACCAGACGUCUCUGCUCUGCUCGACAUCUCCCUGCCCGGCCCACCUGAGGAUGCGCUGUCACAGGGCGAGCCUGCCACACACAUUAGCGACUCCAUCAUUGAGAUCGCCAUCAGCUCCGGUCAGUACGGUGAAGGAGUCCCUCUUUCUCCAGCAAAACUGAAUGGCAGCGACAGUUCCAAGAGCCUUCCCUCCCCAUCCAGCAGCCCCCAGCCACACUGGAUCGCCUCUCCCACCCACGACCCCCAGUGGUACCCCAGUGACUCCACUGACUCCUCGCUCAGCAGCCUGUUUGCAAGCUUCAUCUCCCCAGAGAAGAGCCGGAAGAUGUUGCCGACUCCCAUUGGGACCAACAGUGGCACUUCCUUGCUUGGCCCCAGCUUGUUGGAUGGAAACUCGCGGGACUCAUUUGUGUCCAGGUCCCUGGCUGACGUCGCAGAGGUUGUGGAUUCCCAGCUGGUGUGCAUGAUGAACGAAAACAGCAUUGAUUACAUUUCUCGGUUCAACGACCUAGCCCAAGAGCUGUCCAUCACUGAGCCUGGCCGCCGAGAAGCUCUGUUUGAUGGUGGUGGAGGCGGCCCCACUGUCAGUGACCUGUCCCAGUGACCACACGUCCUGGUGGCGGAUGAAGCCCUCUUCGAGCUAGAGAAAAAUAGAUAAGCCCAGCAGCCCCAGAAGAUGGUCUGAACAGAGGCAUCUCCGCACCCAAGACUGUACGACGGGCAGGAACUUGGUCACAGAGCUGCUUCCCCACGAGCAGCAGGCAACGGCGUCCAAGGAGACUAGGAUGAGUUCUUGGGAAGGGCCAGCGUUAGAAAUCACUGUGGUGCUAGAGCCGUUCUUCACCACGCCUGGGCCCAUGUUAGGGUCUGCAUAGUGAUCCCAUUUCAGCCUGUGCUCUGCCUCGACUGUUGUGUUGGACAUUCCGGUGGCAUUUCCUUCUGAGACAAGGGAGUAUGUGUGCCUUGGUGUAUUUGCUGUGCACUAGGAGCUGUGAUCUCCUUCUCUGCAGGGAGGCCCCAGCCCCUGCUGCUUGCUUUCUGCCAAACCUGUGCUAUGCAUCAGCUGUGCCCUCUGUGGACUGUAAUGGUCAGGACAGUUGGAUGUGGCCUGGGCUCGUGCCUGGUGGUGUCACAUCCUAAGGCAGCAAGAGCAUGGAUACUGAUCACAGGGCUGCUGCGGAGUCCUGGGGCCCUGGGCUGGUGCCUCCCCUCCCUAGAGGUUUUGUUCGGACUCUUAACAGGGAAUGGGGGCAGGAAGAGUCCUGUACUAUGCAGGUUGUGUGGACUUUACGUGGGACUCUGCUAAGCUGGUUGAAAAUGUUUUUCUUGUGUUUUAAGAAUUAGGAGACAUGGAAGAGGAAGAACAAAGUUCCCUCUGUAGUUGGUUUCCUUCCUGUGCCCCUUUGCACGCUUCCAGGUGAUCUAAGGUGUCAUUUCUCCCUCCUGGGGUGACCCUUGGGCACUAAUAUGAUUACAGUGAAGACUUUCCUGAUAAGUUCUUAAACUCGGUGUGUGACUAUUUGGCACUUGAGACAAACCUGCCUUUUCAGGGAAAGUGUCUGUCACGGGCAUUGGUGUGGGCAUGCCUGACAUACAUGUUCAGUCCCUUGCAUACCUUUGCCUUGAGACUUCCGUGUCUCCCUCCCAUUUGGGACACCCAGGCGAGGGCCCAGACAUCUGGAUGUGGUCAGACCUCACCAAAUGUAUGCCUUCGUGGUGGUCUCCCUCCUUGCGCCCUCUCGGGUGGCCAGUGUUCCUACCAAGGGUGGCCAGCGUUCCUACUGCAGACGGCCCAACGUCCAGUGUUUCCCCAGGACAGAGCUAACAAGGGCCCCUUUGCCUUCUCAUCCUCAGGAGUUCCAAGCACAUGAGUCACCGUCCAGCCACAUCCAAUGUGGCCUGGAGCUGCUACAGAGGUGUUGGGCAGGCCAUGCCUGUGCCACCAUCUCUCCCUUCCUGCCUCAUUUCAUCCCCCGCAGCAGCCGGGAUUGAUUGUGCUUUCCUAACCCACUUGGACCUACUCUCCCUCCUCCCUACCAUUCGUCUUCCCCCACACGUGCGGCACGCAGCAGCCCUCAAGGCCAGCCCUAGCCCCUCCACUGCUUCUCUCCCCAUCCACAAUGAAGAAGGUGAAAAGAGGAGGGAAAGGCCUUUGGCGUGGACAAGCAUGUGGACGCCCUCCGUCCUGCAGUCUUGCCAGCCCACCACAGCCACUGUAGGCCACAGGCAGGCCCUGCACUGCACCACUGGGAGGACGUGGAGAGGACAGUGAACUUCCAGGCAAGAGCUUCCUUCUUUUGUCUCACAAGUUUUUCUUAGAGCUCUUGCCUGAGCUGGCUUCCCUCCUUCAGACAUUGACAUGAGAUCUUAAGCAAAUAGUCCCAAACCUCUUAGGGGUGAAAAAAGAAACAUGGUGCCACUUGAUUGGGAGAGAGACAGCAGUGUUUGAACCGCAGCAUCUUUACAUUAGCUUGUGUUUUGUGCUAAGUAUACCAGCUUCCAAAAUUAGCAUCUCAUUGAGCCAGAGAAGACGAGGAGAUCUCCCUCUGGGCAUCUGGCUUUGCUGUGUCUCUAGAGGGUUAGGAUACCAGGCCGAGUUCAGGCCACUGCUAGCUUUCUCAUACUCCCACAGGCUAGACCAGAGAUGCCAAGUCCUAACAGCACUGAGCUGUGCACACUGCCAGGGACAGGAGGGUUUAUGAACUGCCUGUCAGGGUACCUGUUACCCCCUGACAACUAAGUGGGGUGAAGUUUUGGAGGUCAGAGUCUGCUUUCGUAGGCUCUUUAGAUAGUACCUACCACUUGGUUCUCCAGCGUAGACUCCUGGGAGCAGCCAACUGCAGCCAUUGCCAUCCAGUGGGGAGAUGGGUUAGGGAGGAGGACGGGCUGACUCGUCUCUUGUAAUAAAGCUGACAGAGUUCUAGAGAAUUCUGCUUCUCUAGUAACUAGACAGGUGAUACACAUUUGCUUGCCACAUUAAGGGAAAAUGGUGUCAUUUGUUGCAGAAAAACAAUGGAUGCAUUUUCUUCUGGCCUAAAUGAAUAUUUAUGUACAAACAUAGGCAACUGUUAAAGGCCGGAAUUUUCAAAAGAUCCAAACAGAGACUUCCUGCAUCUUCUGUCUUUCCAACAGAAGCGGUGAUCGUCUCAGUGUGAGCCUGUGGCUUCCUUUGUGCAUUUGAGCAUGCUGUAAUUAAGAUGAGAUCAGUUUCUUAGAAAAAGCUUUCCUGAAUCCCUCUUACGUUGUCUGGGAUUUUUCUACUGAUUCACCUUUUCUGGAGAUUGGGACAGAGCAUCUGUGGUCCAGGGAAGUUAGUUCUCUGGCCUCAAUUCUGUUGUGAAUGUACAGUGAUGAGCGGGCAUUGCGUGCCUCGGGGGAUGCCUAGUUCGUGGCUUCCUGGCUGUUUUGUCCUCCUGUGUCUUGUAGCUGUAGGGUGCCAGAUCAGGGAGUGGGGUCUUGGCGGCGUUUCCGCGGUUGGCCUCCUUGCUUUGCCGCACCUCCAGGUUCUGGGCAUGAGAGGCCGUGGCCUUGUUUCUGGUGGAUAACCUUUUUAGUUUAAUAGCAUCUUUAAUUAGAUCACAGCAUUGAAUUCAAAAUUUCUUCUGCAAAGAAAGUUGUGGGGCAUAAGAUACCGGGAACGAGGGAGGAGGAAGACAGUUUUCUCUUUAAACCUUGAGCUCUAGCAGAUGCAUUUGUCAGGAAAUACAGCACUUGGUCUUAAGAAAAGGAAGAGGCCAGGCGCAGUGGCUCACGCCUGUAAUCCCAGCACUUGGGGAGGCCGAGGCGGGCGGAUCACCUGAGGUCGGGAGUACGAGACCCCCCUGACCAACAUGGAGAGACCCCGUCUCUACUAAAAAUAUAGAAUUAGCCGGGCGUGGUGGCGCAUGCCGGUAAUCCCAGCUACUGGGGAGGCUGAGGUAGGAGAAUCACUUGAACCUCGGCAGCGGAGGUUGCAGUGAGCUGAGAUCGCGCCACUGCACUCCAGCAUGGGCAACAAGCGCGAAACUCAGUCUCAAGAAAGGAAAAGAAAGCAAGGAAAGAGUAAUUUACAACGAAGGAAAGAAACCCACAGCACACCCUUCGCGGCUGUCAGCGCUCUCCUGAUGUCACAGUGGCUGCGUGUCCUUGGGGUGGGUGAGGUGUGGGGAGCCGAGCCCCUGGCCCUGCCUCCCGUGCCCCGCUCCCCUUCUCUCUCUUCUCGGUUAAGCCAUAGCGAGGCCUCCGCUCGUUUCAGAUGUGAAUUUGUUUUAUAGAUUAUAAAUAUGCAUAUACAGUGUAUGUAUAAAGCAGAAUGCCUGCCUUUCCUGGUUAUUUUUUGUACCAUAUUGUAAAUUAUAUUAUUUAUUCUUUACCAGUUUUGGGAAUAAAAGGUGUUUUGGUUAUUUAAUAUAAUAAGAGCUGUUAAACUUCUGUUUAAAUUUCCAGUUCAACUUGUAAAUGUUUUUAUUGUGCAUAAAUACAUACUAAUGUUGAUCUAA